AUGGUUGUUGUGGGAGCGAGUAACGGCAGCUUCGGUAGUGGCAACAUGAGGUCGUCGUGGAUGAUAGAAGACCGGACUGGAGGGGGCGAUCCCGGAGGAACCAUGAUGAUCUCUGAGGGUCUGGCGCCGCGGCUGCUGAAGAUUGCGCAAGGCGCGGCAGAGGCGGCAGCAGCAGCGGCGGCAGCGGCAGCCACGACGUCUCCAUCCACCUCCAUUCAGCCGCAGGUGAUGGAGAUGAACGGGACGCGGUGCGGGGAGCAGAUCCUGAGCUACGGCCGCUUCGAGAAGGUGCUGAUCGGCGCGGUGCUCACCAUGCUGACCCUGAGCACCAUCUGCGGGAACAUGCUGGUGGUCAUCUCCGUGUGUUUCGUGAAGAAGCUCCGGCAGCCCUCCAACUACCUGAUCGUGUCCCUGGCCGUGGCGGACCUCUCUGUGGCUCUGGCCGUCAUGCCGUUCGUCAGCAUCACGGACCUGAUCGGGGGUCAGUGGAUCUUCGGUCAGUUCUUCUGUAACGUCUUCAUCGCCAUGGAUGUGAUGUGCUGCACCGCGUCCAUCAUGAGCCUGUGCGUAAUCAGCAUCGACAGGUACCUGGGCAUCACCAAACCGCUGACCUACCCGGUGCGGCAGAACGGCUGCUGCAUGGCCAAGAUGGUGCUGUCGGUGUGGCUGCUCUCCGCCUCCAUCACCCUCCCCCCGCUGUUCGGCUGGGCGCAGAACGUCAACGACGGGCGGGUCUGCCUCAUCAGCCAGGACUUCGGCUACACCGUCUACUCCACGGCGGUGGCCUUCUACAUCCCCAUGUCCGUCAUGCUGAUCAUGUACUACAGGAUCUACCGGGCGGCCAAGCUCAGCGCUGCCAAGCACACCAUCACCUGCUUCCCCAGGGAGGGGGAGGGUGUCCGAGGGGGGAGGCGAGGGCAAGAAGGUCACCGGGCGGAUGUAUCGGAGGAGACUGGAAGUGUGGAAGGCACGGAGGUAGUGGAGGAGGAGGAGGAGAGUUUGGACUGCGUGGCGGCGGCGCUGAAGCUCCAGCGGGAGGUGGAGGAGGAGUGCAGCACCCGGGUUUCUCGCCUCCUGAAAACCGGGGAGCACCACCAGCGCCGGAAGAGGAAAAACCAGUCCAUCUUCAAGCAGGAGCAGAAGGCGGCGGCCACGCUGGGCAUCGUGGUGGGCGCCUUCACCUUCUGCUGGCUUCCCUUCUUCCUGGUAUCCACCGCCCGGCCGUUCGUCUGCGGGGUGGAGUGCAGCUGCGUGCCGCUGUGGCUGGAGAGGACGCUGCUGUGGCUCGGGUACGCCAACUCCCUCAUCAACCCCUUCAUCUACGCCUUCUUCAACCGCGACCUGAGGACCACCUACAGCAACCUCCUGCGGUGCCGCUACAGGAACAUCAACCGGAAGCUGUCGGCUGCCGGCAUGCACGAGGCUCUGAAGCUGGUGGAGAAGCCGGACGGCGAGGCUUGAAGCUGCCGAUCAGACGCUCUGCAGAGAAGGAUCUUCCACUGCCAGGACCGUUCGUUCGACCAAAUGUGUGCGAUGAUUGCUGCGGGGAGAUGAGGCAGGAGGGGGGUGCAUGGAUGCACAUGAAGGAACUUUCUUUUAAAUCAGUGCAGAAAACUCCUGUGCAACAUUUGAUGAACCCAUCCGCCACCAAACUGAUUAUCUUUGCGUAAAAUGUUGGAUCUACUCACUGACUCUGUACUGUUUCACCACCAUAAGGAAGCUUUCCACCCGUGUCUUCUUUUUCCAGAUGAAGCCAAGGAAAACUUGCCUUAGAGCCCCCGAUGUAUUCCCUAAUCAUCACCGUGUUUUAUUUCACUUCCUCUAAACACAACGGACUAUAACUGAUAUGUAAAAUGUGUACACAACCAUGCCAAGACCUUUCUGGGGUAUAAGUUUAUAUUGUUUGUUGUCGAAAUCACUGUGUUGAAUGUGCCAAAAGUCAUGAAGCAGAUGUUUUGUAAUCAGGCUGCUCACUUAUGAACACAUGUUUUAGGUCAUGACGGGCGAGCCGACACACCGGAGAGGUUUGGAGGAGGUUCUCAGCCUGUGCCUUUCACUCGUAAAGGGUUUACUUGCAACACACAAAGGUCUCUUUUCCAGCUACGCACCUCACGUGUUAGACUGGACCCCCUGUGUGAGAGACCCCCGGCACUUUGAAUCUCUUCUGGUUGUAUAUUUCAUCACGCACAAACGCUUGUGGAGCUAUCCCAAUCCAUAUCCAUCGAAGUGUUAUCAAUUGAAGUGUUGAUGAGCUCUAAAGAAGGUCAGAACAUGUGUUAGUCAGAAUCUCUCAGACAGUAAUGGGAUGUCUGCAAAUAAGUUUUCUUGUCUGAACCCAAAGACAAUCAAAGACAGACGCAGUCAAUCCUUUCUGUAAAUCCUGGGCGUUUUUGUACGACAGAUGACUUGGUGACAAAUCUUUUUCUAAAAGACUUAUUUAAUAAACGUUUACCAUUACCAAAUCCAAAGUUCAAACACGAAGAUCUCCUUUUCCUUCCCCAAGAUGCUCAGGGGUAAUCGAAGGUUUUCUUUAAGGUUUCACCAGGAAUUCUGCCCAGACCACACGCUCGUAAUACUGCAAAUACAAACACCCAGUCCCCAUGGUGUCGCCUCAUCUGGGGACGACUAAAUAUACUAAAGAAAUAGGAAGAAGGGAUAGAGGGAGGGAGGAGGGUCAAACGGAUGUAUGAAGAAAGGGAUGAAGGGAUUUAGAGAUGAAAGGAUGUAGGGCUGGAGGAAGGAUUGAAGGAUAGUAGGCAUCUAGGGAGGGAACAAUGAAUGGAUGAAGGGAUCUACAGAGGGAAGGUUUAAGGGAUGGAGGGUCGAGGGGAUAUAAGUAGGGAACAAUGAAUGGAUGUAGGGAUGUAGGGAAGGAAGGUUAAGGGGGUG